AUGAAGCUGUUCGCUUAUCACCUUGCUCCGAUCAACGGCAGAGGUGGUCGCUUUCAUCUUCAGCCUUGCAGUGGUGUUCCCAUCGUAGAGUGGAACCCACUCGGCUCGAGUGGGGCAGGGAAGUCAGCGUCCUUAGGGCCCGAGCCUUUCUCUAACACAGCGUCAGGCGGCCCGGUGGAGGGGGUAGAAGAAGACCCGAUGGAAUCCUUUAAUAGGGCUAACGAGGCGAUUUCCACGAGGAAGGGUACCGUCGCCCCGAUCGUUUCAGGGGACGAGGUUAUGAUAAUUGGAAGUAGUUGCAAGACGGUGAUUAAGAGCGAGGCUGUUUCCUCUUCUCCGGGGAGAAGGUCGAGGGGCAGGAUGGCCGCUCGGCUGACUCCACAGGCUUUUGAUGCUGAAUGUGCAACUGGGGGUUUGUCGAAUGUCCUUGAGGACCUGAACACUAGGGUGUUCUCGCAAGAGAAUAUCCCUCUUCCGGGUGAAGGUCCAGCAGAGGUGAUCCUUGCUCAUGUUUCAGCCUUGCUAUCGUGGAUCUUAUUGGGUGAUCUUUCGCGCAGGUUCUCUCCUUAUUGCAUCAUUUGGGAGUUCGAUUGUCAGAGGAGGAUGUGUCCCUCGUCAAGGAGGAAGCCAAGGAGCUUUCCUGGUAGCUAUCUGAGGAGAAAAGCAGGAGGGCGGUCCAGGGGAUGGAACUGCAUGAUCUACAGGCCAAGAUCAAGGCGAUUGAAGAUUUGA